GUCUGUUGUUAUGACGCCAGAUAGCGUGCUCGGCCAAAAUUGAGGGCGAAACACACACUGUAAAUGAAAACUCAGGAAGGAUUCUAGGCAAAAUUGAAGCAUUCUAACAAACAGCACACUUGCCAACAAAAGUUGACAGAGAUAAGCUUGCACAAUUACUGACAAUCAACCACAUUCUUUAAAAGUAAUCUAUACGGUUCAAACCCAAGAUGAGAGGUGUAUGUAAAUAAUUUUGUGAAUGGAGAACUGUGGAGAAGCUAUCGUGGAAGCACAGAGGCAAAUAUGAAAACCCUUAAGUGAAAAAGAAGAAACACUCAGUUUCUACCUCACUCUUAGAUCCAUUAAUAACGAUAACUUUGAUGUACGAUGCAUAGAUUUAGGCUGACGUCCCUUUUAACAACCUGAGAAACGAUUUUUAUAGGUACAUGGGAUGUUUGGACAAUAUGGAAGACCGGAAGGACCAAUCGAAUAGCUACGAAAUGAGGAGCUACAACUUGACCGUGCUCGGAAUCAGUGAAACCCAUCGGACUCAAGUUGGACAAAAAAGGAUGGAUUCAAAACAGAUGUUGCUAUACCCUGGUCACGUGAAAGAAAAUGCUCCACAUAAUCAAGGAGUUAAUCUGGUGCUGUCAAAGAAGCACGUAAUGUAUUUGUAGGAUGGGAAUCUCAUGGAUCCAGGAUCAUCAAAGCAUCUUUCAAAACAACGAAGGAGGGAAUAACAAUAAAUGAUAGCAAUAAUAUCAAUGACCACGAUAAAGAUCAGUCCUAUGGGAGGCUGCAGUCGAUCAUAGUGAAGUGCGCAGGAAAGAGACUGACAAUCCUGAUGGGAGAUCUAAACGCCGAAGUCGGAAUGGACAACACCGGGCACAAAGAUAAUAUGGGACGACAUAUAUUGACUAGAAAAAAGAAACGGGAAUGGUGAGAGAUUUGCAAAUCAAUAUGCAUUCAACAAGUUGGUUAUAGGUGGCACAAUGUUUCCGCACAAAAGCAUAUACGAAGCUACAUGAGUCUUACCGGACCACAACACAGAAACCCAGAUAGACUAUAUUUGCAUCACUCAAAAAUUCAGAAGGUCAGUGGAAGAUGUGAGAACCAGGAGAGAAGCUGGCAUAGCUUCAGGUCACGAUCCAUAUGUUGGUUGCCAAGAUGAAACUGAAGAAGCAUUGGAGAAUUGGACGAACAACAUUACAAAUGUUCAAUACAGUCUUCCUUCGACAUACUGAAAGACUCGACCAACUCAAGACAACAGGUUCCAAGCCUCACAAGAUCUAUUGUGCCAAGAGGAAACUGCUAUGGAGAACUACUGGAGAUGGAUCAAAGAAGUAUUAACUACAACAUGUCAGGAGGUUGUGGGCCGCAAGAAGCACACUCAUAAGUAAUGGAUCAAAACCCUGGACAAGAUUCAAGAAAGGAAGAAUAAGAAGACAGCAAUUAACAACAGCCGAACAAUGACAGAGAAAGUCAAGGCAAAAUCCGAAUACACAGAAGCAAACAAACAAGUCAAAAAGAACAUUAGAGCUGAUAAACGGAAAUACGCAGAGGACCUAGCAACAACGGUGGAAAAAAUCUACAAGAGAAGGGAAUAUGAAACGGCUGUACGACACAACGCAGAAACUGGCAAGGAAAUAUAAUAAGCCAGAGAGACCGGUCAAAGAAAUAGAAAGCAAGCCAAUCAUCAAGAUUCAAGAGUAAAAAAAGAGACGAGUGGAAUACUUUGAGGAACUCUUGAAUAGGCUAGCUCUAUUGGAUCCACUGGACAUCAAAGCAGCACCUACAAACCGUCCUACAGAUGUCGCGUAACUAACGAUCGAAGAAAUCAGGAUGGCCAUUAGACAAAUCAAGAAUGAGGAAGAAGUAAGGCCUGACAAUAUACCAGCUGACGCAUUAAAGUCAGACAUAGAAGUAACUGCAAAGAUGUUCCACACUCUAUCCAGGAAGAUUCGGGAGGAAGAACAAGUGACGACGGACUAAAAAGAACGACAGCUCAUCAACAUGCCGAGAAAAUGAGAUCUGAGCAAAUGUGAGAACUACAGAGGAAUAACACUACUAUCGGUACUAAAAAAGGUUUUAAAAAGAGUGUUAUUGAACCAGACGAAAGAUUCAAUGGAUGCCCAACUUUGAGAUCAGAAGUCUGGAUUCCGUAAGUAUCGAUCGUGAACAGAUUGAAUUGUUAUACUAUGGGUCGUUGUCAAACGAUCAAAAUCAUACGCAAUUCACACAACGGACCACACUACAAAGUGCUGCAUGGAGGACAGCUGACAGAUACAUUCUAAGUGAGAACCACAGUCAGAAAAGUUCACUUAAUAUCUCUUUUCCUCUUUCUACUGUUAGUUGACUGGAUUAUGAAGACGUAGAUGUAGAUCUGACGAGAAGCACGGAAUACAAUGAACGGCUCAGAGUUAACUAGACGAUUCGAACUUCGAAGAUGAUCUAAGCCUCCUACCCCAUACAUACCAACAAAUGCAGAUGAAGAUAACCAGUGUAGCAGCAGCCUCUGCAUCAAUGAAUCUCAACAUAAACAAUAGAAAAACCAAAAUCAUCAAAUACAACAUGGAGAACACCAACUCAACCAUAUUUGAUAUAGAAACUGUGGAGUAGGUGGAAAAUUUCACAUACCUGCACAGCACCAUCGAUGAAGAAGGAGGAUGUGAUGCAAACGUAAAUCCAGGGAUUAGUAAGUCAAGUACAGCAUUCCUACAGUUGAACAACAUAUGCAACUCAAAACAACUCUCAACCAAUAUCAAAGUCAGAAUCUUCAAUACGAACGUCGAAACAGUUCUACUAUACGGAGCUGGAAAUUGGAGAACUACUGCAAUCAUCAUCAAGAAGUUACAGGUAUUUCUAAACGCAAGCUGCUGAAUGUCCGUUGACCGGAUACCAUCAACGACAACCUACUAUGGGAGAGAACAAACCAGCUUCGAGUUGAUGGGUAGAUAAAUUAGGAAAAGACGUUGGUAGUGGAUAGGACGUACAUUGUGGUAGUGAUCAAACCACAUGAUGAGGCAAGCGCUAAUUUUGAAUCGUUCAGGGGAACAGAAAAGAAGAAGACCGAAUGGCAACUGCGUCAAGAAUUGGAAGCGGAUAUUGAAAGGAUGAGUAGCAACUGGAAAGAACCGGAAAGGAUUACCCAGGGCAGGGUUGGAUGCGUAAUGCUAUUGGACGGCCUAUGCUUCUCCACGAGGGCUGACAGGUGUAAAAUUUGACUAUUGAAAUGGAUCGUUAUGAAAAAUUAACAAGAAUAGGAGAAGGUGCAUAUGGUGUUGUAUUUAAAUGUCGUCAUCGUGAUACUGGAGAUAUAGUUGCUAUUAAAAAAUUUACCGACUCUGAAGAAGAUCCAGUAAUACAUAGAAUCGCAAUGCGAGAAAUUCGUACAUUGAAACAAUUAAAACAUCCAAAUCUGAUCAAUUUAAUUGAAGUUUUCAAACGUAAACGCCGAUUGCAUUUGGUGUUUCAGUAUGUUGAUCAUACAUUAUUGCAUGAAUUGGAGAAACAUACUAAAGGGUUGGAUAGAUUACAAAUAAGAAAAUUAACAUAUCAAUUGUUACAAGCAGUGAAUUUCUGUCAUGCGCAUAAUUGCAUUCAUCGUGAUGUUAAACCAGAGAAUAUACUUAUUACAAAAUCUGGUCAGUUAAAGUUAUGUGAUUUUGGUUUUGCAAGAUUAUUAACUGGACCAGGUGAUGAAUAUACUGAUUAUGUGGCAACACGAUGGUACAGAGCACCAGAAUUACUCGUUGGUGAUACACAAUAUGGUACACCAGUAGAUAUAUGGGCUAUUGGAUGUGUUGUUGCUGAAAUGUUGACUUCUCUACCAUUAUGGCCUGGUCGAUCAGAUUUAGAUCAGUUGCACUUGAUUACACAAACAUUGGGUGAUUUGGUACCACGUCACAGAGAAAUCUUUGAGAAAAAUUGUUUUUUUAAAGGUUAUAAAUUAAUUGUUCCUGAAAAUCGAAAAGAUUUGGGUGAGAAAUUCACUUCGUUACAACCGCCAAUUACUUCGAAAGAAUUAAAUUUUUUACAGAGCUGUUUAAGCAUGGAUCCUACAGAACGACUUAAUAGUGAGGCAUUGUUAAAACAUCCAUAUAUGGAAAUGCACGGAAGACACCCACAUUAUUAUCAUGGUGAAUUAAAACAAGUAUGUAGUUCAUGUGGAGAUGGUUAUAAUAAUCAUGGAAUGAAAAAAAAAGCUGAACGUAAUUUCAUUCAAAAUUCACAAAAUAAACCAGUUAUGAUUAAUCAAAUUAGUACUGGGACAAUGAUCCCAAGACGUAAAUAUCAACAACAGCAAAUUCCGCAACAAUCUACUGAUCGAAAUCAAACAACUGCUACACCACAAAAUGAGUCCAAUUCAAUUUCACCGACAUGUUUCCCUCCAACUAGUAGUAUUACUCCAAGUUUUAAUGCUGGUCGAACAAAUUGGUUUGUUCCAGGAAUUGUUGGUCAAAGUCUAUAUAAUCCGUCGCAAAUAGGACUGCCUGCUCUGCCAACUAAUCCACAUUUACAACCAAUCCCAGUAACUACUACAUCUACACCAUCAAACAACAAUGCUCAAUCAAUGAUGAUGGUAACAGGUAAUCAGAAAUCUAAUUUAGGAUGGAAAUAUCCUAAAUCAAAUCAAAUGAUUAUGACAUCAACAAACAGUAACAAUUCGAUAUCAUAUUUCCCAAAUCCGGACAUUAAUAAUAAUAAUAACAAUAAUAAUAAUAAUUCAUCAAAUAUAGACAAUGGGCAUAAUUCUAACGAUACAAACGUUGCACACAGUACACUUCAAUCAAAUUUGAUUGGAUUACACCUACCGAACAUAUAAAAAAAGUGUCUUUUCCUCCACACUUAACCUUUCUCAAACACAGAUCUAGUGUAAAUGUGUUACAUAUGGUUAGUAGUAGUAUUAAUAUUACCAACCUAAUUAGUGACUUCUUUCAUAAGUAAAAUGAUACACACAUUACAAACAAUAUUAUAAUAAUAAUGGCAAGUAAAUUAUCUAAGUACAUUUAAUUAUUGAAGUUUUCAUUUCUCUCUUUCUAUAUUAUCUUACAAUCUGAAAAGUAACCGAAUAUUAUCCUUCCUAUUGAUUAUGUUCAAAGAAAUUGUAUAUAAACUCAAGUGAAUAUUAAUUACUUAUAAUUAUCUCUUUAUUAAAACUACUUUCAUACGGAUCUGUGUUUUGCUUUAAUGAUUGUGAUAGAUUUUCUUUAUUUAUUUAUUUAAACACAUAUACAUUGGUACAAGGAGGCACCAAAGAGAUAUGCGCCACAUUAAUCAUUCGAUUUGUGUGAGGGCUAAGAUACUGCCAUGGUGCCCAGAUCGAAGCAGGUGGUUUUCUUAGGGGUCCACACCCGGAGCCUUUGACCUAAAGGUCUGACCCACUAGGCAGUGGAGCAUCGUGAGGAGAUGCAGUCCCAUGGUAGCCGGUGACCAACGAUUGGUUCAUACGUCAUUUGUUCCCUCAGGAUACUGGAGCCCAUGUACACCAUUGGUUUGGAAUCCGGUUAAAGCGCUGGACAUUCGCUUUUCG